AUGACAAGCCAAGACGCCAUGAAGGCGCGAGAGGGAAGAAGGAAGACAUUGGAGCUAUCAAGUGAAACCCUCAGAGCGGAAAAUAGACAUAAUUCAAGGGCAGAGCCCAGCUUGGAGCACAGGGCAGAGCCCAGCUUGGGGCACAGGGCAGAGCCCAGCUUGGAGCACAGGCCAGAGCUCAGCUUGGAGCACAGGGCAGAGCCCAGCUUGGAGCACAGGCCAGAGCUCAGCUUGGAGCACAGGCCAGAGCUCAGCUUGGAGCACAGGGCAGAGCCCAGCUUGGAGCACAGGUCAGAGCCCAGCUUGGAGCACAGGCCAGAGCUCAGCUUGGAGCACAGGCCAGAGCCCAGCUUGGAGCACAGGCCAGAGCUCAGCUUGGAGCACAGGCCAGAGCUCAGCUUGGAGCACAGGGCAGAGCCCAGCUUGGAGCACAGGUCAGAGCCCAGCUUGGAGCACAGGCCAGAGCUCAGCUUGGAGCACAGGCCAGAGCCCAGCUUGGAGCACAGGUCAGAGCCCAGCUUGGAGCACAGGCCAGAGCCCAGCUUGGAGCACAGGUCAGAGCCCAGCUUGGAGCACAGGCCAGAGCUCAGCUUGGAGCACAGGCCAGAGCUCAGCUUGGAGCACAGGGCAGAGCCCAGCUUGGAGCACAGGCCAGAGCCCAGCUUGGAGCACAGGCCAGAGCCCAGUUUGGGGCACAGCCUGGCCGAGAUGGCGUCCUGGCCGCCAUAUUGCUUCCAUGACGAAACUGAUGCAUAA